CGACUCCCCCGGGACCCGCGCAUCCUACCCCAGGUAGAAAUUGACGUCAGAGCGGCUCGUAAUUUGACGUGUAAACAUCCCUUCCCCUUCCACGACUCUCUCAUUGGUGGUUCUCCAUGCGCGUUCAAUUACUCGCUCACACUGCAUCAGAAUUAACAGGAGAAGAUAGCGUUUUCCAAGGAAGCCGAACUGACAUUUCUUGUGUUUACAUAGGCCUAUUCUGUAUUUAUUUAUUAACUUAUUUCUAUUUAACUGUUUUGUAUCCAUCGUGAUCAUCCAGAUCAUUUUUAAGUGGUUGUAAUUUAUUUGAAAUGGAAGAAAGAUGUCGUCCAAUGUUGCUGUGCAGUGUUCUUGCUCUGUUCUGUGCGCUGGUGUCCUCAGCUGUGGACAGACAGUAUCUGAACGAAUGGGCGGUGGAGAUUCCAGGAGGACACGACAAUGCCCGAUCCAUCGCCGACGAGCUCGGAUACAAAUUAGUCCGGCAGAUUGGGGCGCUGGAAAACCAUUAUUUAUUCAAGCGGCACAGUCACCCUAGCAGGACCAAAAGAAGUGCGGAUCAUAUCACCAAACGUCUGUCGGAAGAUGACAGGGUCUCUUGGGCUGAACAGCAGUAUGAGAAACGGAGGGCCAAACGUGCCCCUCUGGGGGCCGAAUGUAAGGACUGCUCGGUGGACAAACUCUUUGACGACCCUAUGUGGAACCAACAGUGGUAUCUGCAAGACACCCGGACGUCAUCAUCCCUUCCCAAACUGGACCUGCACGUGAUCCCGGUCUGGAAGAAGGGCAUUACAGGCAAAGGAGUGGUCAUCACUGUGCUGGAUGACGGCCUUGAGUGGAACCACACUGACAUUUAUCCUAACUAUGAUCCUGCUGCUAGCUAUGAUUUUAACGACAACGAUCCAGAUCCCUUUCCCAGAUACGACUCCACCAAUGAAAACAAACAUGGUACCAGAUGUGCUGGAGAGAUUGCCAUGCAAGCAGACAACAACAAAUGUGGUGUCGGAGUGGCCUACAACUCAAAAGUGGGAGGGAUACGAAUGCUGGAUGGAAUUGUGACAGAUGCCAUUGAAGCCAGUUCCAUUGGCUUUAACCCUGAUCACGUGGAUAUCUACAGCGCUAGCUGGGGCCCUAACGAUGACGGGAAGACCGUGGAGGGGCCCGGGCGUCUGGCCCAGAAAGCUUUUGAGUAUGGUAUCCAGAAGGGUCGUGGUGGAAAGGGCUCCAUUUUUGUCUGGGCGUCUGGUAACGGUGGUCGUCAGGGUGACAACUGUGAUUGUGAUGGAUACACAGACAGUCUGUACACCAUCUCCAUCAGCAGUGCAUCCCAGCAGGGUUUGUCUCCCUGGUACGCUGAGAAAUGUUCCUCUACGCUGGCCACUGCCUACAGCAGCGGAGACUACACUGACCAGAGAAUUACUAGUGCUGAUUUGCACAAUGAAUGCACAGAGACACACACUGGCACGUCUGCAUCUGCCCCAUUGGCUGCUGGGAUAUUUGCACUGGCUUUGGAGCAAAAUCCUGAUCUGACCUGGCGAGACCUUCAGCACUUAGUGGUUUGGACGUCUGAGUUUGAUCCCCUGGCCAAUAACCCUGGCUGGAAAAGGAAUGGAGCUGGUUUGAUGGUCAACAGUCGGUUUGGGUUUGGUCUCCUGAAUGCCAAAGCCCUAGUAGAUCUGGCCGAUCCCAAAGUCUGGAAGGACGUUCCGGAGAAGAAACAGUGCAUUGUCAGAGAUGAGACAUUCCAACCAAGACCAUUGAAGGCUGCAGGUGAAAUAUCUAUUGAGAUCCCCACUAAGGCCUGCGCAGGACAGGCGAAUUCUGUUGUAUCUUUGGAGCAUGUGCAGGUGGAGGUCAGCAUUGAGUACACACGCAGAGGAGACCUACACAUUACGCUGACGUCUCCAUCAGGUACCACCACAGUCCUGCUGGCGGAGAGAGAGAGGGACACAUCAUCCAAUGGUUUCCGAAACUGGGCCUUCAUGUCUGUGCACACCUGGGGAGAAAACCCCACCGGCACUUGGACCCUGAAGAUUACAGAUACGUCUGGACGGAUGGAGAAUGAGGGUCAGAUUAUCAGCUGGAAGUUGAUUUUGCACGGGACGUCUGAGAAGCCAGAACACAUGAAGAAGGCGAGGGUUUACAUGCCCUACAAUGCUGUACAAAACGAUCGCAGAGGAGUGGAACCGAUGGAAGACAUGAUCAAGCAGGAAGCUCCGACUCCAGCUCACAAGCCUGAAGUUUCAAGUCCGGUGGUCCCAGACUCACUCCCGUCUGCUGCUUCCAUCAGCGUCCCUGAUAAAAAUCCAGAAGCUCCCGGCUCCUCCACUGCCAAUCUGGCCCUGCUGCGUCUCCUCCAGUCAGCCUUCAACAGGCAAACCCCGGCGGUUCCUCAGCACGCUCUGGCGGUUCCUCCGGCUCCUCCCAAGACCUUUCAGCCCCAGAGGAUCCCCCCGCAGAAGCUGUACCAGGCCCUCGACCAGCUAAACCGCUACAGGGGCUCCGAGAAUGGCCUGUUCAGUGACUACAGCGACAACUUCUACAGAGUCCAACCGUACAGACACAGGGACGACCGGCUGCUGCAGGCGCUGUUUGACAUGCUCGGAGACGACCAGCAGUGAGUCAGGAAUAGGGAAAGACAGGAAGAGUAGGUAAAAGAAGCUGGAUGCCCUGCUGAAAAGACCAGCUUAGGUUCACCAGAAAAACCUAGUUUGUGAAGCUUUUGGUAGUGAAACAGCAUAUUAAACUGGUCUUGGUGAGUAAGUUACGAAUCACAACAUCUAAAACUAGCUGCUACGCUAGUCUUUUCAGCAGGGCGAUGGGGCAUGGAAGGAAGUAAGCUGGUGCACUUGAGGGGACUAGAGUUGACGGGGAUGAAAUAAGAUGAGUUUUGUUCUCUUCCAGACAAGCUUGUUUUUAUCUGCACAUGUAGUUAUCAACUAUAAGCAUUCUACGGCCUGUGUCUGUCAGUGUGAGUGUUUGUAUAUCUGUGGUGAACAGCCAGCUGUGUUUAUCCCUCAGUUUUGAACCAGGUUGCUAAGAUUUAAAACCAGUGACAGGACCAAUUAUGGCGUCUCGUGCCCUUUGCCCUCUUGAUAAUUUUUCUCAUGUUGCCUUCACUGCCACCAACUUCUGCAUGCUAUAAAACGUUUACAUUAGGAUGUUAUGAGAAUAUUCUAUUAUAAAGACGAUGAUUGUAAAUUGUAACAAUUUGUGAAAGUGUCAAUCUUCGCAGAAUCAGUUUAAAUGGAAAUUUCGCCAAAAAAUAAAAGAUGAAACAUUUACUCACCCUCAUGUUUUUACAGACUUGUUUAAAUGGUUUUUUUUUUCUGCUGAACAUAGAAGAAGAUAUUUUGAAGAAUGUUGCUAACCAAGCAGUUUUGGGUUCCAUUGACUUCCAUUAGUAUUUUUGAUCAUGCUUUGGAGGUCAAUGGUACCGAAACCAUUAUUCUUCAAAAUAUCUUGUUUCAUGUUCCAAAAAAGAGAAAAGAAAGUCAUACAGGUUCGGAAUGACAUGAAAGUGAGUAAAUGAAUUUUCAUUUUCGGAUGGGUUAUUCCUUAAAGUCGAUGUGAAAUCAAAUCAAAUUUGACCCAAUUGACCUUACUCUAUGCACGUUUUCUGUGUCAUGGUGCACGAUUCGUGAGUGCACGCUAUUCCAAAUAAAUAAAUGUUUGUCUUAAUAUUUUAACAAAAUAUAACUCACUCUCCGCCUCUACAACGACUUGCCUUUUUGACUGAUGUCACAAAUUUCUCUUAAUUUACAGUGGUUUGUAACACCCACUUUUCACAGUUCAAAUCGAUACUUAUAGUGUUAUUCUAGAGCAGGGUUUCCUAACUGGGGUUUGUGGACUCCUAGGGGUUAAUGAUGGAACUACAGGAAGUACCAAUGCCUAAUGAAAGAGACACUAAGUUACUUUAUCUUCUUUAAAAUAUUUAACCUGUAGAGAAAAUUGUACUUAAAAUUAUGUACACUCACUGUUUAAUUCUAAAUUGGCCAAGUUAAUAUUGAUUGCGAUAGUUAAUGUAUUUGAUAGUUAAGGUAAUUAUGUAUUGUAGGUGAAACAGUGUUUGUCCAAAAUUCUUUAAGCAGAAACUACUGCUUCAUCUUAAUUUUUUAAAUUUAUUUAGUUGUUAACUAAAACAACAUUUUCAUUAUUCGAAUCAAAGAUAUUUUCAUUACUUGAAAUACAGUAUUAUUUCAGCUGGCAACAUUUCUCCUUUUCAUUUAGUUUAAAUUGAAGUAUUAAAAUACCUAAAACAAAACUAAUAAAUAAAAAUUAAUAAAAACUAUAUAGACAUUCAGAAAACAAAAAUUAAUACAACUGGCAAACAACAAAAUUAAUAAAACUUUCAAAUUAAAGUAAAAACGGAAAAUAUAAAAAUAAAAUUAUAUACAAAAACUUUAAUAAUAUAUCAAUGAUACUAAAAUUACACUGUUUUGCUCACAAUAUAUUUUUAAAUAAAAAAAAUUCCUUUAUUUUUUGUUUAUUCCAAAAAUAGUCCAAAAAAUAUAUAUAUAGAAAAAAGAGUCAUUAAAUGUAUACUUAAUAAAUAUUUUUUUAAAAAUAAAAAAAAUUAACUAACACUGCUUAACAUCUCAGGUAAUUCCAGUUAACAACUUAGGUGGUUUAGCUGACAAAAACAAAACAAAACUGGGAAACCCUGUUCAUAGACUAAAGAACAUCAGUAACACCUGGUUCUACUGAGUGCUUAUAGAUCACCGUAUAACGCUCAGGAUGACAGUGUUUAGAGAACUAUCAUUCAUUAAACUGUAGAAUACCGAGGACAUAUACCUGUGGGACACCUUAAAGCCUAAUCUCUCUGCCCUUUUUUUGCACAACUUUUACCAUGUACCUCUUCCCUGCUCUCUCUAGAAACACAUGCUUUCAAAAUAAUCUCUAAAUAGUUAUAUAGACAUAAUUAUGAUUUUAGAACUCAUUCAAAAAAUAAUUGUACAUCCCAGGAAACUGAGUAUAUGUAUCAACUGAUUUUAUAUUCAAAAUUCAUAAAACAAAGAUAAAGUUUUAUUUUUCUAAGAGUUCAUAGUAGUUUAUGAGAGUAAAGAGAAGUAAUAUCUAUACAGAACCCUAAUAUAUUAUAUCACCAUUUACCUCAUAAGCCUAAAUCGCAAUUCUGUCUCUCAUGUGAUGUUGUACCUUUAACCUGAAUGUCUCUGGACUUAUUUCCAAUAAACUCUAUCCAGCUGUUGUGAUGAUGCUCUGAAAGGGAUCGUCUGUGAUUUGCAUUUGUAAAACAAGCUUGGAUGUUCCUGCUCUAUUCUAUUUAUAAAUUAUCCUUUUAAGUUAACUAUGUUAAGUUAAAUAAGUUUGAGUGCAAAACGUAAAUUAGAAACCACAGUUCUGUAUUUUUUAAAUAUAUAAUCUGAAACUGCUGGAAAUACCAGUUUGUAAAAAAGAAAUGACUUAAUAAAUGUUUGUCAUGGA